AUGCCCGAGGUCGACACCCGCGACAGCGUCGACCGGUCGAAGCGGUUCCAGGCCGAGCUACCGGCCGACGCGGCCAAGCGCGACCCGGCGUGGCGCCUGCUCGAGCAGUACGCCGGCAUCCCGGCCGACGAGGUCGAGGCGCACCUGCACCGCGUCCGCGACCAAGCAUGGCAGAUCUUCCCCUACGGCUGCAUCGGCCGCUGGCGCUUUUUAGACCUGUACAUCGCCACCCUGCCACAGUACGGCGAGCUCAUCGCGCGCACGCAGCGCGGCGCCGUGCUGCUCGACUGCGCGUGCUGCUUCGGCCAGGCGCUGCGGCAGCUGGCGGUCGACGGGGCGCCGGCGCAGAACCUCGUCGGGCUUGACCUGAGGCGCGAGUUCGUCGACCUCGGCUACGAGCUGUUCCGCGACCGCGGGACGUUCGCCGCGCGGUUUGUCGUCGGCGACAUGCUGGAUUCUGGUGACGCGCGCGUGGGAGUGCUGGACGGCGCCGUCGAUGUCGUCCACGCCGCGAGCUUUUUCCAUUUGUUUGGCUGGGCCGACCAGGUCGCCAUUGGCGCGCGCAUGGUGAGGUUCUUUCGCAAGGGGAUCACGGAUGCCGUGGUGCUGGGGCGCCAGAUUGGCAGCGCGGUCGAGCCGCUCGAUCCUGAGGAGCAUGAGAAGCGUGGCCUGGGAAGGUAUCAUCACAAUCAGAAGUCGAUGCAGCGCCUGUGGGAUGAGAUUGGCCGCCGCACGGGCACUGCGUGGGCUGUUGAGGCCGAGCUCGCGACUGCCCUGGAGGAGGAUAGCAAUGGCGAGGUGGCCGAGCGGACGACCAUCCGGUUUGUGGUGCGGCAGCGGGCAAGUUAG